AUGAAUCCUCUCUUCGGCCCCGAGCUAUGGGAAAAGCUAGGCAAGAACCCCGAGACGGCCGCCCUCCUCGCAGACCCGUCCUUCAAACCCGUCCUUGACGAUCUCAAGUCCGACCCGACCGCCCUGUCCAAGCACAUCGCCGAUCCUCGCGUCCUAAAGCUCUUCACCGCCCUUUCCCAGCAGUCCACCGCCAUGCCCGGCUCCACCGCGUCCGAGACCGUCGUCGAGGACGCCACCAUGUCCGACGCCGCGCCGCAGGCAGCAUCGAGGGAAGCCCCACCCGCGGAGCCGGCAGCCCCGCCCGCGCCAGAGCCCGAGCCGGAGAACCUCACCCCGGAGGAGAAGAAGAAGCGCGACUCCCUCGCCGAGAAGGACCGCGGCACGGCUGCGUACAAGAAGCGCGACUUUGCCGCUGCCAUUGACGCGUAUUCAAAAGCCAUUGAGAUUGACCCGGACAACAUGUCCUUCCUCACCAACCGUGCGGCCGCUAAACUGGAGAGCGGUGACAUCCAGGGCUCCAUCGACGACUGCAAGAAGGCCAUUGCCGAUAAUUCCGAGCGCCAACUCAGGACUGAUUUCAAGAUCAUUGCCCGCGCGUACGGUCGCAUGGGCAACGCAUAUCUCAAGAUGGACGACUAUGAUAACGCCAUCAAGUCCUUUGAAAAGAGCCUUCUCGAAUUUUCAGAUCCAAAGGUCACACGCACCUUAAGGGAAGCAGAGAGGACUCGCACGAGGAAGAUUGAGGAGGCCUACGUUGACCCAGAGCUGUCCAAGCAGGUCCGGGCGGAGGGGAAUGAGCUUUUCAAGGCUGGCAAGUUUCCCGAGAGCAUUGCAAAGUAUACAGACGCCAUCAGGCGUAACCCGAAGGAUGCCGCUCCAUAUUCAAACCGCGCCGCUGCCUACAUGAAGCUUGGUGAACUGCCUAUGGCCAUGAAGGAUUGCGAUCGCUGUCUCGAUAUUGAUCCAGAUUUUGUCAAGGCAUACAUUCGCAAGGGAAACGUUCACUUUUACAUGAAGGAAUAUCACAAGUGUCUCACCAUCUACGAAAAGGGCCUCAAGCUCGCUCCUAACAACAGAGAACUGCGCCAGGGACUAAUGAAGACCCAGAUGAAGAUCCAGGAGCAGCAAAGCUCUGGUGAGGUCGACCAAGCGCAAAUGGACCAGGCGAUGCAGGACCCCGAAAUUCAGCAGAUUCUUCAAGACCCGCAGAUGAAUACACUUCUCAAACAGAUGCAAGAGGACCCCAAGUUUGCCGCCAAGGCGAUGCGCGACCCGGAUGUCGCCGGGAAAAUCCAGAAGCUCAUGGCCUCGGGCUUCUUGAGAGUGGGAUGAUGGGGGAUCCGUGUACAAGGACAAGAGUUGCCGCUGGUGUGUGGGCGUUUCGUUUGAGUUUAACAUGUUGAGUUUUCAUGGAUUGUGUCACAUUAUGUAUCGCAGCCGAAUUGCUCGGUUAUUCACUCUUGACGCAGGUGUACAUGGUGUUCAUACCGUUUUACAUACAAAUAAACGCUGCCUAGUUCAGUCUAGUUUAGAAGCAA